CUAACUCACCACAUUAACCCAGCAGUGAAGCAGCAGUCAGCAGUCCAGAGCAGAGUACCAAUGCCUAUGAUAACUACACAGUAGCCUGCAGGUGCAGCUGAGCUUCCUUGGCCUUUUUUGUGUGUGCCUGCUGCCUAGUCUGGCACUGAUCGUAUCUCAAUCUUUUCCCUUCGAUCCACCAAGAAGGUUGAGAGCAGCAAAAGACGCGGAAUCCGAUGGAGCAAGCGGCGGCAACAAAUCUGGCAAACCAUAUCAUGGGGAGCCUCUUCAAGGAAAUCGAUACCAAAAUCAAGAUGCUCAAGGGCGUGAGGAGUCAGAGUGAAUCCUUGCGAAGGGAGCUUAACAUGCUCGUUGCUCGCAGCAUCGAUGAGCUCACCGACCGCGGGGAUGCUCCCCGCACAGCUGUUGCGCGAGAGUGCGGUGAACAGAUGCGUGAGUUGAUGCAUGACAUGGAGGAUUGCAUCGAGCGCUUCCUGCAUCGCAUUACAUGUGACGAGGAGGCGGGGCCGCUGCGUGUGGCUGCCCACACGGUGAAGACGCUUGGCAUCCGUGGCAAAUUCGCCAAGGAGAUGAAGAAGCUCAAGCAGCGCUUGCAGGAAUUCGGCAGCGGCCGAUCCCCAGUCGCCGCCGCACCGCCAGCAGGGCCUCGAUGCCUUGCUAUCGAGAACAGCCCUGUGGGCAUCGCCAAGGCCAAGGAGGAUCUUCUCGUGCUUCUAGACGAAGCAGAGGGCGAGGCCGAGAAGCUGAGGGUGAUCUCCAUCGUGGGAUUUGCCGGCUCCGGGAAGACCACCCUCGCGAACGCGGUGUACAAGAGCGCUGCUGCUGUGGACGCCCAGCGGUUCCCUCUCCGUGCCUGGGUUCGUCGAUCCCACUACCGAGAUGCCAGUGGCCUUCUAAAGAAGAUAAUCAACGAAUUCUGGGGAGAAGCGGGAGAGGCUGAUACUCGGGAGUUGGAUGAAUGGGGUCUUGAAGAGUAUCUCCAACAAAAUUUGGGAAAACAGAGGUAUAUAAUUGUCCUUGUUGACAUGGACAUGAGGCAUUGGCGUUGGAUAGAAUUAACUUUUAAAGAUAAUGGCACAAGCAGCAGGAUAAUUGUGACAACAAACAUGCUGUCCACGGCUAAGCAAUGCAGCAGCAGUUAUGGUGACGGCUAUGUGUACCGGAUGCCAAAUCUUGGAGAUAAAGAUUCUGAGAAAAUAGCUCUCAUCGAUCAACAGGCACCUGGUGAUCCUGCUUCGCGAACGGCGCUACUGCAGAAAUGCGAUGGCCUCCCACUUGCUCUUGUUAGCGUCGCAAGUCAUGUCAGAAGUAGAAUUCAUGGUAGUCCAACAAGGGAUCACUGUACCAAACUGUGCAGCCGCCUUGGUUCCUUCCUGCAUGAGCAGCCUGACCCAAGCGGGGAGGUGGAUCCCUUUGCAGAACUUCGAGGUGUGCUCAUGGAUAACUACACCAGCCUACCAUACUGCACAGGCCAGCCCAGCUUGCUGUAUCUGGGCAUAUUCCCAGAUGGCCGCAGCCUGAAGAGGAACAAAAUAACCAGGCGAUGGGUGGCUGAAGGAUACGCACGAAGUAAGGAUCCUCGACGCAGUGAGCAGGAAGUAGCAGACGCCAAUUUCAAGGAAUUUAUGAACCGGAAUAUCAUUCAGCCUGUGGGUGUAAGCAGCCGUAUUUGCAAAGCCCUUGGCAUCGUGCACGAGUUCGUGGUGCACAAGUCCAUCUCCAACAAUUUCAUCACUCCCUUCAAUGCCCCAGAGUUCAGGACAGAUUUUACCAGUAACGUGAGGCACGCGGAAAAAGUUCGUCACCUCUUUAUCAAUGACAGUAAUGUCACAAGCUCCAGAACCAAAUUGAACAUGAACUUAUCUUGUGUUCGGUCGCUGACAGUACUCUCUGAGAGUGCAGGUGAGGCCCUUUCUAAGUUUAGCGAGUACAAAAUGAUAAGAGUGCUGGAUCUUGAAAAGUGCAGGGACGUGAAUGAUCAUCAUCUCAGAAGAAUAUGCAGGCUGUGGAAUCUGAGAUACCUAAGCCUCGGGGGCAGUAUUACGAAGCUUCCGACGACAAUUGCAAAGCUGAAACUUCUGCAGACACUCACUGUAAGCAAAGAGGAAGUGACUGAGCUGCCAGUGGAAGUUCUCGGGCUGCCCUGUUUGAUCCACCUGAUUGGAAAGUUCACACUUCCCAAGAAACUGCCUAAGAAAGAAAGAUUGAAGAAACUAUGUGAGGAAAAUAAGCUGCAGACCCUAGCCGGAUUCAUCGCCAACGGGAACCAAGGAUUUCUGCAACUUAUAGUCCAUAGCAAGAACUUGAGAAAGGUUAAGAUAUGGUGCGAGUCCACUGGAGAAGUUAGAGACAUCAACAACUUGAAUAAUGACCUGGUAAAGGCCAUCCAGGAGUAUAGUAAAGAUCCCUUGGUUCAUGGACAAGUUCGCUCCCUGUCAGUUGACUUUCAAAUAUUUCCUGAAGGCGACUUGCCUGUAGGGACAAUAUAUCAUCUCAGCUCACUGAAACUACACGGCAACUUAUCCACAGUGCCUCGGUUACUUGCCUUUCUCUCGGUAGAAGAACUCACACACUUGUGCCUUUCGUUAACUGUUCUUACACGGGAGCUUCUAUCAGCCAUUAGUGGAAUGCGUUACUUGGUUCAUCUGAAACUGAUUUCUGACAAGGUUUCCGAGGGUCUCGUCAUAGAAAUUGGGGAAUUCGAAAGACUGCAACGUUUAUAUUUUGUGGUCACUCGACCCGAUGCUGUCGCCUCACGUAUGCAUGUCCGACAUGGAUAUCUGCCAGAACUUGUCUCACUCCAGUUGCUCUCGAAGCAUCUAGCUGGUACUUCCGGCAUCGAAAUCAGGCACUUUACAAAGCUCCAGGAAAUCGAACUUCAUCCUGAAGUCAGUGAGGCAGCAAGACAAGAAUGGGAAGCAGCAGCAAGGAACCACCCUAACAGGCCCAAUGUUUUGCCUUCCAAAUGUGUUGAUCAUCCGGUUGCCAGCGCGGCACCGGUAGGUGACGAGCUCAAAGAGAAUCCAGUUGCCGGCGCCGCACCAGCAGGCGAUGUGUCUGCAGAGGAUCCAGUUGCCGGCGCCGGAGCAGCGGGCGAUGAGCCUGCAGAGAAGCCAGCUGCCGUCGCAGCUGUGGUGGCCGAUGAGCCUACGGAGAAUCCAGUUGCCAGCACCGCAUCGGAGGACUUGGCACCUGCGGAUAAGGGACCCAGACUGAUCGUAGCUCAAAACGAGGCUCUUCUUAGCAAUCAUGGCGGACUCGCCAGUACUGAAAUGGAUGACCAUCAGCCAACGGAGAAUCAAACUGCUCCGGAGGAAGCGGCACCUGAUAGUACCAUCCCAGCGCAGCCGGUCGAGGAGGCAUCAAACCACUCUCCUGUGCAGAUGGAUCACCAAGAUUGCGUCAAACUGCUCAAUGCCAUGACCGAGUCAUGGCCAAAACUUAUAUGAAGAAACUUCAUCUAAAAUUUUGAAAUUGGCGAGACAUUGAAGUACUUAUGUUGUGUAAUAUAAGUGUGCUGUUUUCGCGGUUCUCAUGCAAUAUAUGCCUGUUUCCACAUCAGUCGAUGACAUUCAGCUGCUACAAAGUUCCAAGUGUUGUCGUAUUUGGUAUUUUGAAAUUCCUUCAGCUGGUUGUGUGAAGUGUCCACUUUAGCAUUGAAUUAAACUGGCAUUGUAUUUUGAUCCAGUUGUCGUAUCAAACAAUAUUCUUGUACCUGCUUGUGUUCUAUUACAAGAAAUGCAAAACGCUAUGUGUGCUUUAUGUUGGUGUUAUAUUCUGUACGGAUAUUGAUUUAUGUUGAUUUGACAUUGUGAUUUUGUAAUAUUCCCUGUUAAAGUGAUAGUA